GGGACGUUACCCGGAUGAAGAACACAUGUGCUUUAAGUGUAACUGCAGCAAAUCUAAAGCAAGCGGCUCCUCAUCUUAGAUCAUUCAGUCUGCUGUACUGACGGUCACGAGCAUCCCUUCAUUCACCUCCAGACCACUCUGCAAAAUGCUACGUUUACCUAGUGUAAUGAAACAGAUGAGGCCAGUGUGCAGGGCGCUGGCCCCACACCUGACUCGUGCGUAUGCCAAGGACGUCAAGUUUGGGGCAGAUGCCCGGGCCCUUAUGCUUCAGGGCGUUGACCUUUUGGCUGAUGCUGUGGCUGUCACCAUGGGACCAAAGGGUCGCACUGUUAUCAUUGAGCAGAGCUGGGGAAGCCCCAAAGUCACCAAAGAUGGUGUCACGGUUGCUAAAAGUAUCGACCUGAAAGAUAGGUAUAAGAACAUCGGGGCCAGGCUGGUACAGGACGUGGCCAACAACACUAAUGAGGAGGCUGGUGACGGCACUACAACCGCCACAGUACUGGCACGUGCUAUUGCCAAGGAGGGAUUUGACACCAUCAGCAAAGGCGCCAACCCUGUGGAGAUCCGUAGAGGAGUCAUGAUGGCAGUGGAAGAAAUCAUCAAUGAACUCAAGAAACUCUCCAAGCCAGUCACAACACCAGAGGAAAUUGCUCAGGUGGCCACUAUUUCUGCCAAUGGAGACAUUGAAGUUGGUAACAUCAUCUCCAAUGCCAUGAAGAAAGUUGGACGCAAGGGUGUUAUUACAGUGAAGGAUGGUAAAACUUUACAUGACGAGCUUGAGAUCAUUGAGGGCAUGAAGUUUGAUCGUGGCUACAUUUCUCCCUACUUCAUCAACACUGCUAAAGGCCAGAAGUGUGAGUUCCAGGAUGCGUACGUGCUUCUGAGUGAGAAGAAGAUCUCCAGCGUACAGAGCAUCGUACCAGCUCUGGAAAUUGCCAACCAGCAUCGCAAGCCUCUGGUCAUCGUGGCGGAAGAUGUGGAUGGAGAAGCACUCAGCACUCUGGUCCUCAACAGGUUGAAGGUUGGACUUCAGGUCGUGGCAGUCAAGGCUCCAGGAUUCGGGGAUAACCGGAAGAACCAGCUGCAGGAUAUGGCAGUUUCCACUGGAGGCACGGUGUUUGGUGAUGAAGCUAUGGGUCUGGCCAUUGAGGAUAUCCAGUUACAUGACUUUGGCAAGGUCGGCGAGGUCAUCGUGACAAAGGAUGACACGAUGCUCCUCAAAGGCCGCGGUGAUCCAUCAGCCAUUGAGAAGCGUGCGAAUGAGAUUGCUGAACAGCUGGACAGCACAAGCAGUGACUACGAGAAGGAGAAACUCAACGAGCGUCUGGCCAAGCUCUCUGAUGGAGUGGCUGUGAUUAAGGUUGGUGGAACAAGUGACGUCGAAGUAAAUGAGAAGAAAGACCGUGUCACUGAUGCGCUGAAUGCCACUCGAGCUGCUGUGGAAGAGGGAAUCGUUCCUGGAGGAGGAUGCGCCCUGCUCCGCUGCAUCCCAGCCCUGGAGAACAUCAAGCCAGCCAAUUCUGAUCAGAAAAUUGGUAUUGACAUUAUUCGCAGAGCUCUUCGUAUUCCCGCAAUGACCAUUGCCAAGAAUGCAGGAGUUGAAGGCUCUCUGGUGGUGGAAAAGAUCUUGCAGAGCUCUCCAGAGAUUGGAUAUGAUGCUAUGCUUGGAGAAUAUGUCAAUAUGGUCGAAAGAGGCAUUAUCGACCCCACAAAGGUUGUGAGGACGGCACUGCUAGACGCCGCAGGUGUUGCGUCUCUGCUGUCGACUGCUGAAGCCGUUGUCACCGAGCUACCGAAGGAGAAAGAAGACAUGCCGGCUGGAGGAAUGGGAGGAAUGGGUGGAAUGGGUGGCAUGGGAGGUAUGGGAUUUUAAACCGAUUUGCACUGACUUUAGUGGAAGGGUUGUGGGCAGGGGACAUGAUUUGCCCCUCCCCUUCUACUUGGAAAAACCUGCCGAAACUGAGUGCUAGUGGUCUGAACAUGGAGCAAAAGAAAUGGACGUUACAGUCUCCCAUCCUUCCACCACUGUCCGAUCUUAUCUUUACUCAUGGCUGAAGACAUCACCCUACUUCUUUAAUGACAAGUUCCUGAUGAUGUGACCAGGGAUAAUGAGUCUGUUCGCCUUUGUUCUGUAACAUUGUGCUCACUAAUGUCUAAUGGGAAAGUGCAUUUAACAAAUUGCAUAUUGUCAUGCUGUUGUAUCAUGUGAUAUAUAGCUGGUUCUGAAUCAGACCAUCUGUAGGGGCGUUAUGGUUAAAGUCUGCC